GUUCGAUAUACGAAAUAUUUCAUGAAAAUGCAUGGUGGUGUGUGAAACGAAAAGUUAACGUUACCUCUGCAAACUCUCCCAUCAGUAGUAGAUAAUGGAUGAACUGACAGAGAAGCUUGCCGGGAGCUUUAAUGUCACUUUGGAGCAAAACAGCACCGCAGCCCAGCAUCCAAGAUUUGCUCAGUACAAGUGUAAAACAAAAGUGGACCAGGAGACAAGGAGAAAAAGAAUUCUUGACGAACAGAAAAAACAAAGGUUUGACUUCUUGAAACAUGUGCGAAACUUGGCUGAGGAUUCCUGGGAAAACACUGAUGCCGAGUCCGUGGCCUCAGAAGACUCCAUGGAUGUGUCCAUUUCAGGGGACAAAGUUCAAAUAAGGCGACCUGGAAAAUACUACAGAAAUCAGAUAAUGUAUUCAGAGUGGCUUGUAGAGAAACCAGUGGACUUUGAGCAGGAAUGGCUGGCUGUGAUUUGUCCCUGGGGGAAAAGAAACCUAGUUGUUGCAUCAAGAGGGAGAACUCAUGCUUACGCUAAAAAUGGAAGUAGAAUAAAUUCCUUUUCAUCGCAUUUACCUGGAGGAAACUAUGGACAAAAAGGGCGAUCCAAAUCAGAAAAUGUGAUUUUGGAUUGCCUCUUUGAUGAAAAGGAAGGGAUUUAUUACGUUUUAGAUAUCAUGUGCUGGAGCAACCAUCCUGUAUAUGAUAGUGAGACUGAUUUCCGAUUUUUCUGGUUGGCUAGCAAGUUCCAGGAGAUCCCACAAAUUAUGGAAAAGUCCCCAAAUAAUCCAUACAAAUUCAUUCCUCUGCCAAAUUUCCCUUGUACGAAAGAAGCUAUUUCAAAUGCAGUUAACUCUGCAACAUUUGAUAUUGAUGGACUUUUGUUUUAUCAUAAAAGGACACACUACACAUUUGGUUCUACCCCCCUUGUGGUCUGGUUAAAGCCUUAUAUGCUUCCAGAAAUUCUUGAAAUUGAAGUCCCAGAAAAACUUUUAGCUGAACGCCCAGAUAAUUACUCAAACUAUGCUGCCCAUCUUGAGCAUGUAGCUGAGAUGAAGAAAAAACAAGAAGAGGAGAGAAAGAAAAAAGGAAAAACACCUCCAAAAGGAAGGGGUGCUGGUGGGGGUGACUGGAAGGAAGUCAAGGAACCCAGGAAGAAGAAAGGAGGAAAAUCCCCAGGGGGACCCCAACAGGGAAUGGAGUACUGUGAGAACAACCAACCUGAGAGAGAGCCAUACUCAAAGAGAACUUAUGGGCGAGAUUUCAAGAUGGAUCUGAUGUUUUCGGAGUGGCUAAUUGAAGUCCCUGAGAAUUUUGAGACUGAGUGGUAUGCCAUCAUCUGUCCCUCAGGAAAGCGCCAUCUAGUGUUGUCUUGUGAGGGAGAAACAGUAUGUCAAAGCAAGAGUGGUAUUCUAGUCGAACCUUUCCCGUCACUUCUGCCAGGGGGUUUUCCUUAUGAGACAGCACACCGAGAGAGGUGUAUAUUGGACACAUUCUACAGUAAACAGAUGGAGAAGUUCUACAUCCUGGACUGUAUAGCCUGGAACAACCAGCAUCUGACACAGUGUGAGGCAGAAUUCAGAAUGUACUGGCUAGAGGAAAAUCUCCCUCAACUCGGGAACAUUGGAAAGGUUUUUCGCAAUAACCAGUUUCCAUUUUGUCUGCUGAAACGCAUUCCAUGCAAUGCACAGGCCUUGACAGAAGCUCUAGCUACAGUGGAAUAUGGAAUAGAUGGAGUCCUCUUCUACAAAAAGUCAUCACCCUAUAUUUCUGGCCAAACUGACAAUGUCUUGUGGACAAAGUCUUACAUGCUUCCAGAAAUAUUUCCAGACAUCAUUGUGCCAUCACACCUCAUGAAAAGAAAACCUCCCGACUUUGAUUACCAGAAACACUUGGAGAAAGUCAGGAAGCAGAAAACGGAACACAAGCAGCCAAGAAAAUCUGGGCCCAGGAAGCAGAAAUCCAUAAAUAUUGAUAAACUGGUGGAUGAUAUUAGUCGUGUUUACAUUUCCAAUCAAAAGAAAGCAGGUAUCGAGCUUACCCCACAAGAAAUCGAGAUCUCCAGACAACUGGGUCCCCCACCAAAAAAAGGUUUGCCUGGCAGAGGGAGGGGCAGGGGAGGCAGCAUGGGGGAUUACCAAACACAAAACACUUCUUAUUAUGGAGACAACUUCUCAUAUAAAGACUAUUGUAGUGCCAGUUACUAUGGAGACUUCUGUUACUAUGGUGAUGAAGUUAACAGAGGAUAUGCCAAGCAUCAUGCCAAGAAUUAUUCAUUGCCUUCUCCAAGAUGGGGGUAUGAGGAUCACGGGACUCAUAGAAAUUCGGCACCACCUAAAGGAAGAGGCAGGGGCUUACUGGAUGCCAAAGCAAUGGCCGCUUAUUCUCUCACUCACAAAACCUUUAAAAAGUGAUUUGGAGAAAUGCAUCUCCUAGUGCAGAAAGUUGAGUGGGGCCACUGUUUCGAAAUUAACUAGAAGUUGGAAUUAAAUGUUGUUUAUUUUAAGGUGCUGACUGGGUCUCAAAACCAUAAUUGAGAAUAGACUGUCAAAAUUUCAAAAUCAUUUUAAACUAAGAAUUUAAAUUAUAUGAAAUUUCACCUUUUCUUGUAUACUCCCAACGAAUGGGGCAACCAUGUAAAAUUUGUGACCAGUGUAAUUUUCUUUUCUUUUUUUGAAGAGGCUCUUCUCAGUUAAUGAUUUUUGAACCAGGCAAUUUUGUUUAUUUUUAAUUAAAUUUUUUUUU